UUUAUAUAUAGGUGUGCGUGCAGGGUGGAGGCGGCGGGCCGGCCCCGGGAACAGCGGGUAGCUCCGUCCCCCCCCUGCAGCAUCCCGGGGGCGGCGGGGACCGGUGCGGGUGCGGGACCGGCGGGCAGCCCCAUCUCCCCGUCCCGUCCCCCCCGCAGCAUCCCGGGGGCUGCGGGCAGCCCCAUCUCCCCGUCCCGUCCCCCCCGCAGCAUCCCGGGGGCGGCGGUGGCGCUCGGAAGUGCGGCCGUGGCGCCUCCCCACGCGGGGUGGCUUCCGCUCCCACCCGCGGCGGCGGCGGCGGCGGCGGCGGAGCGGGCCCGGGGCAGCGGCAGGAGACCGGCGAGAUGUUUGCCAUCUGCCCGCCGGGCGUCCCGGCGAACGCCCCAUUCCGACAGGGCCGGGGGGGCCCGGCGCUGGGCAUGGCCGUCCCAGGGGCUGGCUGCGGGCAGGACUCCAACUCCAACUUCGUGGGAGAGGUGUGUGACAGCAACGAGAACUGGAGCCAGCCAGCGCCGGGGUCCCCGCCGGAGGAGGGCUCCAGCCGGAGCGAAAACACCACAAAUCCGUCCGAUAAUCUGCUGUUAUUAAUGCAGAGACAGAUGGCCCAGGGCCGGCUUAGGGAUGCCGCCCCGAGCCUGGGUGCCACGCGGCUGCGUCUCCCCGAGCCGGGGGUGCGCAGCCCCCCCGAGGGAGCCGAGGUUGGCGGGACAGGGGGCCAAAACGCCGCCGCCGAGGAGCCGGCCGAAGGAUGCGGCAAGCCCCCGAGCUCCCCCGCGGAGGACAACGGCUAUGCCAGCAGCUCCCUCAGCAUCGACAGCCCCGACAGCGCCUGCGGGAGCGCCUGGGACCCUCCCGCCACCGCCCUCCGCCCCGGGAGCCCACCCCAGCCGGGGGAGGCCGAGCCCGAGCCGGGGACCCUCUUCCCAGCACUGGCAGAGGCCGUGCAGCACCUGCAGGACAAGGAGCGCUUCAAGGAGCGGGAGAAGGAGAAGCAUCACAUCCAGCUGGUGAUGUACCGGCGCCUGGCCCUGCUGCGCUGGAUCCACGGCCUCCAGCAGAAAGUCGUGGACCAGCAGAACCGGCUGCAGGAGAGUUUUGACACCAUCCUGGAUAACCGCAAGGAGCUCAUCCGCUGCAUGCAGCACGGCCCGGCGUGUCCCGCCGGCACGGCCGCCCCCAGCCCCUGACGUGCCGCUGGCGUGGCCCGGUCCCAGCCCUCACCCUCCCGGCCGGCGCGGGGCUGGCUGGUGGCAUCUCGGUGCCACACGCCGAUGCAGAGCACUCGCCAGGCGCUGGGGUGCCCACCCUGCCCCUUCCCAUCUCUCUCCAGUGUAGCUGAGGGUCCCCGAAGCAUCCAUCUCAAUUUUCCCUCUGCAUGGGAGCUCGUCGUGUCCCACCAGCCUGGGGACCGUGGCACACAGGGCUGGGUAGACCUCAGGACCUUGUGGUUUGCUGAGCCUGGAGUGACGAAGCUCGUCUUUUACAUCUAAUUUAUGGUCAGCGAAGCUUUUAAACAUACCUGGGCAAAGCCUACAGCACAUGCUUGGGCACCAGCACAAAGCUCACAUCAUCCCCUGCAUUGUGCCCGCACCGGUGCGCCCGUUCGGAAACAGCCCGGCCAGUGCUCAGCAUCGCUCCUGCGUUCGGUGGGGGCAAAGUGCCCCGAGCUGUUCCCCGGGACUCGCCCCGCUGCACCGCCUGAUGGGGCACCUGCAAAAGCUUCGCAGAUAAGAUCUAAACUCAUGCAGAGAGAUGGGGAGAGAGAGAAAAAAAAACAUUCUGAAGAGUGACUUCAGAAUGCUUAAAAACAAAUUUAAGUGUCAAGUGAUUCAAAUCCAAUAUAUUUUUCUUUCAGAUUCAGUAUUAGAAAAGAGUUAAUUUAGAUUUUUCCUUACAGCCACUAUGUAUAUAUGCACAUCUGUCUGUCGUGGGAGAUGCUUUAACACAGUGCAUGAUCAGGAAGCUGCUUGCAAACUUGUGCUGUUGGUGUUUAUAUUAAUUUAUCAUUUGAAAGCAAAGAGAGUGUUUUUUUCUAAUCUACAUUUUUUCCAGCAAUGGAGUGCAUGCAGAAUACAAAGAAAAGUCGUCUUAAAUAGAGAUUAAAAAGGAGACGCUGUGUGUGUUUGCUGUGUUUGACUCCGUGUGAACGUGGCGUGCUCUGUUGAAGUUGCUGAUGUGGCAGGAGCGCAGCGGGGCGGUUUCGCUGGGAGGCGAGGGCUGAGCCUGCCCUGGACGACUGCGCGAAGCCAGGCACUAAUUGCACGUCUCGUCUGCGACAGGAGGGUGAGGAGCGAUGUCAGAGGUGCUGUAUCCCCAGCCAAACUCCUUCCUGCCGCCGGUCGCAGGAGUGGAGCCGAGAGGCGGCCGGGACCCCGCUCUGGUGCCAGGAGCAGCGUGUGGCCAGCGGAACGGCACGGCCGGUAGCCUGGGCAGAUCCCAGCCUCACCCACCGCCAGAUGCUACUGCACCCCGAAUAAACCACCACGGCCGAGCGCGGCAGCGGGGCCGGGGCUGCACUGAGCCUCCUGCCGUCCCGUCCCGCAACGGGCACAGCCGGGCUCUGCUGCCGCCUGGGGCUGCUGCCACCGGUAGGUAAAAUAUGGAUCUUUGUAAAAUUCCACUUCUGAAAAGGAUGGUUUUUUGGUCCACUCGGCUCAAAGCGACCUGUGCCACUCUCUGCCCCCAGCGCUGGGGCCGGAGGAGUCCAGCAGCGUCCCGGCAAGGCUCGCGCUGCCUCGCCGCCCUCCCGCUCGCUCGUCUCCAGCGCCGGUGUCAUAUCCCAGCCCUGUGAUCGUGGGCAUGUCGCACACCUUAACAAAUAAAAGCCUUGCAGGUGAAAGCGCA